UAGAGAUCGGUAGGUACCUCUUCAUUCUCGGACAUACGUAAAUGGCUACUUUUCCUCCGUUCUAAGCAAAGGGAGAGAAGCUCGGGAAAAAGGAGAAAGCUUUUUCUUCUUCUUCCUCUUAUCCUCUCUCUUCUCUCUCUUUCUCCAUGACUUAGAACAAAAAAAAAAGAAAAGAAAAUACCCUCCUUUCAUGGUAGAUUCCAAAAUUGGCUCCUUUUCUCGGCCCAACGGUCGAUUCCGGCAAAUGGGUUCUCUCCCUUUGAACUCCAAUUCAUCCUUUUUGUGCCCUUUUCUUUUCGCUCUGAUGAUCUAUUGCUAAGAGAUAGCUAGCUAGCUGCAUCAUUGUUUGGUAAUUUUGCUUUUUGUUCAUAUAUUUCUCGGACUACUUACUCGAAUUAUUCAAUUAUUAUUCGUCUUUUGUGUUCGGUGAAGCCCAAAAUUCAAUCUUUUUUGGGUAAAAAGAUUGAGUUUUUAGUCACAAUGGUUGCGAGGAGGACCCGUUCUAGAUCGAAGAGCGCUUCCUGGCGGUUCCUGUCGAAGCUAUCUUCUGCCUGCUCUGAAUGGUGUUUGAUCAUUUUGUUGUUUGUUAAUGCUGCAUUAUCGUACUUGGCGACAAAAUUUGCCCGGUUCUGCAAAUUGCAGAGCCCCUGUUUUUUGUGCUCAAGGAUCGAUCACAUUGUAGGCAACAAGGAACCCUGGUUCUGCGGAGAUUUAGUCUGCGGUGCGCAUAAGUCGCAGAUCUCGUGUUUGGCAUAUUGCCGAAGUCAUCAAAAGCUUGCCUUUGUUCAUGAUCUGUGUGAAAGUUGCUUCCUUUCAUCUCUGAAGCAGUUUGCAUCUAUCGAUGCCGAUGCAUCACAAAGUACGUUCGAAGGAGAAGAUUUGGCAAAAGUCCCUUUGCUAAAGACGGAUGCUGACACAAGGCUAUGUUCUUGUUGUUCGUCGCCAUUUAGAAGAAAAUCUCAUGUGCGUAGGCUGCUAAAAGAGAAGGAGAUCGAGGCCAAAACUGAAAGUGGGAUAAACCCACGAGAGAGGUCGAGUGAGAGAAGGGAAAUUUCUCUAGGGCAGACUCAUAUCUAUCAUUCGGAUGUUCAUGGGUUUGAUCAUUUGUCUCAUAUCGGAUACAGCGAGCUUAAGAUUACAUCCGAUUCAGAAUCUGAGGUCCCCAUCUCAGAAGAUGAUGAUGAUCGGAGUUCUCUUCAUCGUGGGGGCAAUGAUAUUAAGCAAGAAAAAAUGGAUCGAGAUCGAAAGUCACAGCCUGUCAUUUCUAUCAAUAAAAGUUUAUCUCCGCCUGUUUGCGAGGAUGUAAUUAAAGAGAAACUGAUCCAUCCCACUCCUGUAAUGCCUGUUGAUGCCGCCGCAUCAAAUUCUACGAAACAACCUAAUGUAGUGAUUGGACAUGGUUUGGAGGAGAUUAUUUGGAGUCAGGUUAAUGUGAGAACAGAUCUUGCUGCCUCAGUGCCUGAGCAUGUUCCCGCAGAAGUUCUAAAGGAAAAAUUAGACAUAGAAGAAACUGGUGAUUCCGAGCAAGUUUUGUCUACUACUAACGGGGACGUCACAAAAGUUUCCACUCUGACGGGACUUAAAAAGCAUGUUAACAGUAGUGAACCGUGUCCAUCUAUACGUAUCUUUGCUGACAAAAGUGACAGUAUGAAGCGUGCUCUUAGCAACAAAGGGGCACUCCUUUCUCCUAAGCCUUCUGAAAUAAUAUCAGCAAGAGAAAACAGUUCUCGAACUCAUGAGGAUUUGAAGUUAUUAAUUUCUCAAAUAUCUUCCUCUCGAGGACUUGAUUUACCAUGGACUGAGAUGAGCCCUAGCCCCAGAUUAAGCAUGCAAGGUGAUGAAUCUAAACUUUCUGAUGCUUCCAGCUCAACAGGAAUUCAAAAUACCAACAAAAGAUCAUCGAUGGAAAGGAAUUAUUCUGGGUUGGAAUCAUACGAUGUGAGUGUUGUGAGUGAAGUCGAGGGAGAGAGCUCAAUUGAUCGGUUAAAGAGGCAGAUCGAGUUUGACAGGAAAUCCAUGAGCAUUUUGUAUAAAGAAUUGGAGGAAGAGAGAAGCGCUUCUGCUGUCGCAGCGAGUGAAGCGAUGGCGAUGAUUAACAGAUUGCAGGAGGAAAAGGCGGCGAUGCAAAUGGAGGCGUUGCAGUAUCUGAGAAUGAUGGAGGAGCAAGCUGAGUACGACCAAGAAGCUAUACAGAAGCUAAACGAUGUGCUCACAGAAAGGGAGAAAGAUAUACUGGAUUUGGAAGCUGAGUUAGAAAGCUAUAAGAAGCGGUUCGGAGAUGAAAUGCUCGAAGACAAAGUCAUAGAACAACCUCUACAUGGGUCGGAUGAAAGAGAAUAUAAUACGAACAACAUACCAUGCAGUAUCAUAUCAGGAUUACAAAGCACUGCAGAUAAGGAUCAUAAGAUGUUCAAGGACUCGAAUGGUUUCACUUUUGAGAAGGAUCCCUCAUUGGGUUUUGAAGAUGAGAAGGCUUAUAUUUUGGAAUGCUUGAGGAAACUGGAGAAAAAGCUUUGCUUAUUCUCGAGUAAUGCAGCUUAUGAUAAUGAGCCCGGAGAUGAUGGAAAGCGAACUAGCCAACUUGCUAACAACUACAGGAAGGAGAAUGGGGCAUUAGUCAAUGACACAACUAUGAAUGGUGGAGAUUCAAUUUCUGAAAACUCUGAUUGGAACAAAGAGAACUCCGAAAAUGGAAGGUCCGAAGGUGAGGUUGAGUCACACUCAUCGUUGUCAAGAGAGCAAUCAAAUGGCGAAGAAAUUUUCUUAACUUCAUCCCAGAAUAAAGAGAUUGCUGAAGAAAAUCACAAAGGAAGUAGUCCUUGUUCCAAUUCGGAAAAUGGCGCAAUCAAUGUAUCAUCUAAUAAAAUGAGUGACAUAACAGUUCUUAAAGAGGAAGUUGCACAGCUGAAUGACAGAUUCACGGCAAUUGAGGCAGAUCAAAAGUUUCUUCAGCAUACUAUUAAUUCACUCAAAAAUGGAAAUGGAGUAGAAUUCAUCUCUGAGAUAACUAGCCACUUACGAGAACUGCGGAGGAUGGUUAGUGCAGGGAGAGAACAAGCUGUAGCUUGAGCCUUUCAUUUCUUUGAUGAAAUGAUAUUUACUCUGAUGUUACCAGCAUUACACUACAGAGCUCGCCCAACCUUGAGGUAAUGCAUCUAUAUGGUUUUUGAUGUUUCGACCUCAAGAGUUGAAGAUCAACGGCUUUCGGGUACAAUGAAAUCAGCUGCGAUUUCUUCAGAAAUAGACUGUUUCACAAAGUUUUAUUUGCUUUAUUGAGGAGAAAAUAUUUUUUGUGCGAUUGUCAUUUGGAGAUUAGGUUGAAGUGUCAAUUCGACUAAAAUUAAUAGUUCCUUCCUGCUGAAUUUAUCUAUCUAAUUUUUCCUGGUGAUGUAUUUGGUACAAAACUUUGGACAACGUAUACAUUUCUAGAUCCAAGCAAAGUACUUUCUGUGUA